CCUUACACCACCCGAGAAAGUACGAAUACGACUAGAGUACGAAGGCGUCCGCGGGUUGGAUGCAGGUUAUGCGUCCCCUCUAUUAAUCAACAGCCGUAUCUUUCUACGCUGCAUCAGGGCGUAAUCAAUCUAUCGCCGGAGCUUGGCCAAGAGCGAUUCGUCUCGUCGAGUUUAUUGUCAUGGCGGGAACGCCAUGGUUUGAUACCUACUUAACUAGUCGUUGUUUACCGAUUCGGUCCGCCGCGUAGCUGUCAUCGGACAGCACCGAGUACGAACAUGCAAUCAAACCCGUCACGACGGGCACAUCCAAAAACUCGAACAGGCUGUAAGAUUUGUAAAUCGAGGAAGAUCAAGUGUGAUGAGCAGCGACCAGCCUGCAAAAACUGCCUCAAACAUGGCGUGGCUUGCGGCUUUCUAGCCUCACCGUCACUCGACCCCACGCUGACCCCUUCUCAGCAUGCGGGCGAGUUGAACUUUCUCGACCUUGAACUCCUGCAUCAUUACUGCAACUUCACCGCGCAGACACUAUCGGACAAUCCGCUGCUCGGGGACUUCUGGCGGCUGAAUGUCGUCAAACUCGGGCUGGAAACUGACUACGUCAUGAGGAGCAUUCUCUCGCUGGCAGCAUUGCAUCUCGCCUAUCUGAAUCCCGAUAGGAAAGACCAGUUACUGGAGAAGUCGAUGCUGCAUCACGAAAUAUCCUCGAGAACAGCUGUUGGCUUGAUGGAGCACGUCCAAGACGAGAAGAAAGCACACUUAUUCAUCUUCUCAGUCUUGACUAUCUACAUCGUUCUAGCCAAUUCGCAAUAUCUACACGAAUCGCCGCUAGCCAGUGCAGGCCAAUCUCCCGACUGGAUAGUCCUAUUCUGCGGGACCCGGUAUCUUGUGGGGGAACCGAAUGACAAUCUUCUAAUCUCGCCAAUUAUCACGCGGAUUACUGCACACUUCCAGUAUCGAGAGGGACCAUAUCACCACACGCAUCUUGGAGACCUGGAAGCAAAUAUCAACGCAUCAGAGCCAGAUAAUGGGCUUCUGGAGAUAUACAACAGGGCCAUCAAUGAGCUCUACAAGUCUUAUGGCGCUUUCUAUGAGUCCGCAGAGCCUCAAGACAUUACUGAUGUUUUUAUUUGGAUUGCCAUGGUUGCAGACGACUUUCUCCCGUUGCUGAGAGAGAAUAGACAAAAGGCGUUGGUAAUAUUUUUGUACUUCUGCAUGCUUCUCAAGCGCUUGCGAAAUCGCUGGUGGCUGGAUGGUUGGGCAAAUAAUCUCUAUGCUGAGACAUAUGGUAUGCUAGACCACGAGCAUAGGUCAUGGAUCAGAGAUCCAGCAAUGGAAACCAAUGAACUUUGUCUAUAA